CCAACGGCGCAGUGGAACGAUCCAGCACCAUCGAGAGCUUCUGCACCCAAGCUUUUUAGCGCACAGACACCUAAAACCCCCCAAUCACAGCAUCCAUCGAUUCAAUUCAUUCAUCCAUCCGUCAUCCCAUCGACCAAAGGCUGCUGCUGUUGUUUUUGCUUCAUCCCGCCCGCGAUUAUUUAUUUCUGCAUUCACUCCACCUUCUCGACAACGGCGGUCAACUGCCCUUCAAACGCCUUUUAUUGAUCAUCUUCAUUUGCAAUCUAUUUUCAACUUCUUUCCUCUGUUUGCAGGCCUCAAUUCAUCAUGAGCGGGUCGCGGCCACUGCGGGGCGGGUGCCAAUGCGGCCGGAAUCGUUACAUCAUCGUCAUCCCAGAGAAUGGCAUCAAGGACGCUCAGGUCCUGUUUAACACUGAGCCACAGCAUCAGAUCCCUCUCGCAACACCUCUAGCAGCGUACAUUCGUGUGCCGCUAUCAUGGUACCACAGCUCUACGUACGCCUUCUUCCCAGAUGAAACGCACACCAUGAUCCGCAAGGUCUACUCGCAUCCAAGCCAAGACUACUCCAAACGGCAUUUCUGCGGCUUCUGCGGGACGCCCUUGUCGUAUUGGUCCGAGGAGCCUCGCAGCGAGGCCGAGUACAUCAACCUCACCCUGGGAAGUCUGCUUCGGGAAGACAUUCGAGACUUGGAGGACAUGGGCCUGAUUCCCGAAGACGAAGAGUCGCCGCCUAGAACUGAAACUACCCCAGCGGUGCCGACGAGAAGAACCGCCCUCCAGCAGUCGUUUGGCGUGCCGUGGUUCGACGGGCUGAUUGAGGGCUCGCGGCUAGGAAGCAUGCGCAGGAGCUAUGGCGCUACGCGAUCGCGCGAUGGGCAGACGAGCAUCGAAUGGGACAUUGUCGAGUAUUCGGAGAAUGGCGGCGGAGAAAUGGAAGUGGAAGAGGAUGAGCCUGCCGGGGCAGUGUCGACGCAGCAGCUGGGCAAAAGGAAGCUCAGAGAUCAUUAGUCUGGAUAGGAUUUAUGCUCGGUACAAAGUCUGUUGUAUAGGCGGUUGAUAAGGGAAAAGCGAUGGGACCUGGUUUAGGGCAUGGCAUGGCAUAGCCCGGCCUGUUGCGUGUAUAUGAGCUGUCGCUUACGGCUGCUCCCUUCUUUUUUUUCUUUCUCGGUAAGGCGUUUAUUGUUUUGUUCUUUUGUUUUUGGCUCGGACAGUGGCCGGCCGGGGUGUUUCACCUUUAGGCGUAUCUCAUGUCGGCGACAAGACAGAGGCUAUAUAGACACGAAUGGGAUGAGGCAAGU